CUCAUCAAUCAAUAUCAACAUUAACAACCACAUCGAAACAGAACAUCUCGGAAGGAAAAGACUUAGUAUAUUGCACUCAGCAAAUCGAAAAUAGAUAUCUCGCAAAAUAAUCCAUCCUCCAAACAUGGCGACAGCAGCGGAAGCACCCAUACCGCCUCAAGUCGAAAACGUGACGCCACAUGCCAAACCUCAAGAGUUAUCAUUUCCCCUUCCAAAGGCAUUGCAUACGACUGCACACGUCCAUCUCACAUUUUUGGACACAUGCGCAACGGUAUUCCUGGCGACAUCGACACCGGGUGACUCGGCGGGCUCCGUGAAAUCGAUGGGGAGCUUCGUUUACGCUAUGCCGGAUCGCUCAAACCCUCGCAGCACUAUAUCCACAACGCUAUAUAGCAUCCCUGGAAGUGUGGAAUACACGACUCGGAUCGCUAAGAUCCUAGCUCGUCGUAUGAGGAUCCCAGUCUACGUGGGCUGCAGCAUUGAUCCGACAGCGCUCGGGCUAUUGGUUGAGGAAGAGAUGGAAGGGUUGACGAAGAUAGUGGAGGUAAUUAUGCAGCGGUGGGAAGAAUCCAGGAAAUGAGAGAGUGAAUAGAUCAUAUGGUUGUGGGUGGUUGGUAGUAUUGAUGGAGUAAGGAUAUCGGUCUCUGGAGUCAGCAUUUGCCCUUUUUAG